AUGGGACUCAAGGUUAUCAUCAUCGGCGGUGGGAUCGCGGGUUUCUCUUGCGCCAUUGCACUACGUCGCGCAGGCCAUGAGGUGCAUAUCUACGAGCGAUCAUCAUUCAACAACGAGAUAGGCGCCGCUAUUCACAUACCCCCCAAUGCUUCCAGAGCUCUACUACCAUGGGGAAUGGACCCGGUUAGGUCUAAACUUGUCUUCGCAAAAAUUGAUUACAGAGCGAGAGGCACAACCCUCGAGAAACUCUACGAGGCCAAUCAUGAAUACGUUACAGAGAAAUACGGGGCUCCGUGGUUCUUCGCUCACAGAGUUGACUUACACGACGAAUUGAAAAGGCUGGCGACAGAACCAGGGGCAGUUGGGUCGCCUGCCCAGAUACACCUCAACUCUGAUGCUGUCGAGUUCUAUCCAGAAAAAGCAUCGGUGAGGCUGGCUAAUGGAGAGGUCGUAGCAGGGGACUUCAUCAUCGCGGCGGACGGUAUCCAUUCUACCGCUGUGAAUACUAUCCUCGGCUGUGACCACCCGCCGCAGCCUCAGGAUAAUUACAACUACUGCUUCCGCUUUCUGAUUCCGGCUUCCGAUAUCGAGGAAGAUCCUGUCACGAGAUGGUGGAAUCGGAAUGAUGAUGGCCGGUUCAAAGCCUUCGUGGAUCAAAACAAGAGGAUUGCGUCGUACCCCUGCCGAAACAAUGAGAUACACAACUUCGUAGCUAUAUUUCACACGGACGAUGAGGCAUCCAGAACAAGGCGAGAAGACUGGCAGUCUGAAGUGGAAAAAUCCAAGCUUAUAGAAUGCUUCUCUGAUUUCCAUUCCGACUUACAGGCCAUUCUGAGAAAAGCAACCGACGUGAAACAGUGGGCGCUGCUGUACCGGCCGCCCCUGCCGACUUGGAGAAAAGGGAAGUUGCUUGUUGUUGGCGAUGCUGCACAUCCUAUGCUACCUCAUCAAGGACAAGGUGGCGCCCAAGGGAUCGAAGAUGGCGUCGCCAUGGGCAUCCUCAUGGUCGGUGCCGAGUCCAAAGACGUCCCCCAACGACUUGAGUUAUUCGAAAAGUUGCGACACGGCAGGUGCAGUGCGAUUCAAAUCUUCAGCAAUGCUGGCCAAGAUGAACCGGAACGCAUUGCGGCGGAAGCUUCCAAGUUCAUCCCUGUCGACUCCAUUCCACGAAACGUGCCCGAGUACUUCGACUUCAACUUUGGCUACGACAUCAUUCGGGACUCUGUGCUUCAUAUGGAACAAUUAGACUCUGACUUCGAGUUGCCUGGCGACUUCUUCCAAGUUGAACAGAUGAGGGGUGUCUACCCUUAG